AUGUCACAGCCGCUCCCCUGUCCUCCUACUUGGUCUUCCACACCUGGGCAGACUUACUGCCGUAGCUGUAAUGAUACGUCUUUGUUGUGUGGGGGAGCUGUGGCCCCCCGCUGGAGCCAGCAUGUCCACAGGUCCGGUCAAACGAUCACCUGUCGACCAGGAACAUACAAAGACACGAGGGAAGAGUUAGAAUGUGUGGUCUGUCCAAUAGGUCAUUACUGUGUGGGAGGUGUAGCUGUACCCUGUCCUGCAGGGACUUAUGGUCCAAAAGAAGGUCUGCAGAGGCUGAGAGACUGCACAAUCUGUCCUGCAGGGUUUUACUGUCUGGAAGGCAGCUCACUGAGACCCACCUCCCAGUUCCUGUGCCCACAGGGCUAUUACUGUGAAGAGGGCACUGCCACCCAUCAUGGGUCACCUUGCCCUGCUGGUACAGCGGGAGAACAACUGGGUCAGACAAGUAGGGCAGCCUGCAAGAGAUGUAGAGAAGGACGCUUCUGUCCUGCAGGCUCAUCGGGUCCUGGCUUGCCCUGUGCUCGGGGGAGAUACUGUCCUGCUGGCACCUUAGAAGAAGUGAUAUGUCCUCGAGGCACCUUCACCCCUCAUCAAGGAGCAAUAAGUGUGAAGGACUGUCUUAAAUGCCCGGCUGGUUUUUACUGUCCCGAGGGGAGAAGCGACCCUGUGCCCUGUCCACCGGGCUCCUUUAACCCCUUAGAGGGCCAGGAUGAGUUGGCUGAUUGUAGGGAGUGCUAUGCAGGGAAGGCCUGCACACAGGUAGCUCUGAGAGCCCCCGAUGUGGACUGCAUGCAAGGGUUUGUGUGUCCCCCUGGUUCUUCUAAACUCAAUGCGCCGACCAAUGCCUGCCCACCAGGGACACUGAGCAAUCGCACUGACCUCACUGACCGCUCCCAGUGUCAGCAGUGCCCAGCGCGAUAUGCCUGUCUUCGAGGAACUGGUGGUAUCCAGAGACCACCACUCUUCUGCUUUGCAGGGCAUUAUUGUCCCCCUGGAACUAUGUUCCCCACCCAGUAUAAAUGUCCUGUGGGGACAUGGAGUGGUCAAAGUGGAUUAGAAGCUGAAAGUGAGUGCCGGCCAUGCCCACAGGGCUGGUACUGUUUGGCUGGAUCUGGAGCUCCGUCAGGUCGAUGUAGCUCUGGACACUACUGUCCUGAAGGGACUGCAUAUGGCACCCAGUUUCCUUGCCCUGCAGGCACCUACAGCAUCCAAAUGGGCAACAGAUACAGACAAGACUGCCUGAUUUGUCCUGAAGGCUCUUUCUGUCAAAAGGGCACCUCCAAACCUUCACCCUGCCCAGCCUCCACAUUUCGCCAUCUGAAAGGAGGUCGGAGGCUAGAGGACUGCUCUGCUUGCCCUGCUGGCUAUUUUUGUCCCCACUCAGCCACUGUCAACCCCAGAGUGUGCGGAACUGGCAGCUACUCUGAUGAGGGCUCUGUGGAGUGUUCUCCAUGCCUGCAGGGCCACUACUGCAGUAAUGAGACCACUAGUGAGGAAGCCAUGUUAAGCGUCAUGGUGUGCCCCCCAGGCUUUCUCUGCUCUCAAGGUUUGGCACGAGACCCCCAGCGCUCAGCCACCCUCUGUCCUCGAGGUUUCUACUGCCUUGGAGGAGGCAUUGAUCCUAACCCCAUUCCUUGCCCCAAUGGUACCUACAGUGAAUCUCCUGGUCUGCGUGAUGCCAGCGAGUGUGUCCAGUGUCCAGAGGGGAAGUACUGUUAUUCCCAGCAGCCUCAGGAGCAGCCUAUUACCAGGCCUACAGGUGUGUGUCCUCAUGGGCACUAUUGCCCCAGAGGGACUGGCUACCCCCACACCUACCCCUGUCAGGCUGGCCAAUAUAGGAACAAUACACUUGGUCACAGGGGAGAGGCAUGUGUUUUAUGUCCAUCCAGGCAUUACUGUGACAGAUUGGGAACUCACAUGCCCUUAGUCUGCCCUCAGGGCUUUUACUGUCCAGAGGGCACUUCUACUCCUAAACCUUGUCCUGAAGGAACCUACAGCAUACGUUCAGCUCUCAGUGAUGGGUCUGAGUGCUCCCCUUGUGGCGGAGGCCAGUAUUGCACCAGUGUGGGACUAACAGAGCCCUCUGGAAGCUGCAAGGAGCGCUUCUACUGUAGAGAGGGAGCCAAGUCUGCAACUCCUGUGGAUGGGCCGACAGGCGGUUUGUGUCCAGCAGGAAGUUACUGUCCUCUAGCUUCUUCCUCUCCCCUCCCCUGUCCCCCCGGCACCUUCAGCAACAGCACUGGCCUCAGCAGACCUGAGGAAUGUAUCAGCUGUCCACCAAGUUUCUAUUGUUUAGGUUCCAACAACACCUCACCUUCGGGUCCUUGUUUUCCUGGUUACUACUGUACCGGCGGCUCAGCUACGCCUGUUCAGAAUGAAGCAGAGGAAGGUUAUUAUACCUUGGAGGGGGCAGCCAGGCCACAACCAUGUCCUCUUGGCACUUUUCAGUCGCGUCGAGGUGCACAGUCAUGUGUGGAGUGUCAGGGAGGCAGACUGUGUAACAAGACAGGCUUGUCCCAGCCAACACUGUGUCCCACAGGACACUACUGUCCUCCGCGGUCAUCUGUUGCUCGACCCUGUCCUCCAGGCUCUUACUCUGACCAGCCUGGUGGCGAUGCUGUGCAUCACUGCCGGCCAUGCGAGGCUGGUUGGUUCUGCAGCCGAGCCAGUCUCUCUGAACCUCAGGGUCUCUGUGACCCGGGACACUACUGCACCUCUGGAGCCUCCACUGCCUCUCCAGUGGCCGUGGCCUCUGGAGGGGUAUGUUCUGCAGGCUACGUCUGUCCACGAGGGACCAUGUACCCCCAGCAGCACCCCUGCCCUGUCGGAACCUGGAGCAGUACUGUGGGAGCCCAGAACCUGUCCUCCUGCUGGCCCUGCCCUCCAGGACUCUACUGCAACAGUACUGGACUCAGCCAGCCUUCAGGAAUCUGUUAUGCAGGGUAUUACUGUUCAGGAGGGGCCGUGUCUUCAUUGCCUUCAGAUGGUGUGACAGGGGACAUUUGUCCAAUUGGACACUACUGUCCCAUGGGCUCAAGGUCUCCUGUACUCUGCCCUGAUGGGACGUACUCGAACACUACAGGGGCAGAAGAGUGUGAUGACUGCCUCUCAGGGACCUACUGUCUGUCAGGAGAAGGUGUCCAACCCUGUCCAGCAGGACACUACUGUCUUGGUGGCGGUGUUGAGGGUAUCCUGCCCUGUCCUCCUGGCACAUACAGUCCUCACUUUGGCCUCAGCCAAGUGGAGCAGUGCCUCAUUUGUCCAGCAGGAUUCUACUGUGAGGACUGGGGUCUGUUUGAACCUACUGGACCCUGUCAAGCUGGUUACUACUGCAUAGCAGGUGUGAACUUUCCGAACCCAGAUGGUAACUUCAGCACAGGAGUGGGAGGAGCAUGUCCAAGGGGGAGGUACUGUCCUGAGGGCACCAGUCUCCCACUGUCCUGUCCACCAGGAACCUACUCUGACAGUCUUCACCUGACAGACACCCGUGACUGUAGUCCAUGUCCAGCGGGUCAGUUCUGUGGCACUGCAGGUCUCACUCGUCCAUCUGGACUGUGUCAGGCAGGAUUUUACUGUCCAGGGGCAGACAGAAAAGCUACAGGCUCAGAAGGAGGUCUCUGCCCACCAGCUCAUUACUGCCCUGAGGGUAGUGCGAACUCAGUGCCCUGCCCAGCUGGGGCAUACACCAACCUCACAGGCCAGUCAGUGUGUUCACGCUGCCCUGCUGGCUACUACUGUCCAGAAAAGACUGGCAACUUCACCAAGUUCCCCUGUCCCCCUGGCUUCUACUGCCCUGAUGGUACAAGGCAUGCCACCCAGUUUCCCUGUCCUCGUGGAUACUACAACCCAGAGCCUAUGACUCAGAGUCUGGACAGCUGCCUGCCAUGUCCUCCAGGACACUACUGUGAGAAGGAGAGGCUGACCAAAGUGUCUGGAAAAUGCAAGGCUGGUUGGUUCUGUGUGUCAGCAGCAUGGAACUCCCAGCCUUUUGACCUGGACAAUUACACCAAUGCCAACUGUCUUUGUCCAGCUACAUCAACAGGGGGGCGCUGCCAGGUGGGCUUUUACUGCCCCUUAGGUAGCUCAGAGCCUGUGCCUUGUCCACCGGGAACCUUCUGUAACAUCUCAGGUUUGGCUCUGCCGAUGGGUCCCUGCUUCCCUGGGUAUUACUGUGUAGGAGGAGCCACUGAGGCCAGACCAACAGAUGGAGAAACAGGCAGCAUCUGUCCACCUGGGGCAUACUGUGUUGAGGGCUCAGGAGUGCCAGAGUUAUGUCCAGCUGGUACUUUCUCCUCAGUGCCAGGUCUAGUCAGUGAGGCUGGCUGUCAGCCCUGUACCGCAGGUUUCUACUGCGGAGGAGCAGGUCUCAGGGCUCCGACUGGACCAUGUAGCCAAGGCUAUUGGUGUCCACCUGGUCAGACUGUGGCUACAGCUUUGCCAUGUCCCCCAGGCCACUUCUGCUCACAGGGUAGUGCAGCUCCAGAGCCCUGCCCACCAGGAACCUACCAGGACAGAGAGGAACAGGCAGCCUGCGCUGUCUGUGAAGAAGGUUACUACUGUGAUUUGAGACUAGCAAAUGCCUCUUUUCUGAGGCCCUGCCCUAAAGGACACUACUGCCCUGCAGGUACAGCCCUGCCCAACCAACACCCCUGCCCCAUAGGCUCCUUCAACCCGAGACAGCGCACACACAGUCUUGCAGGCUGCACGCCAUGUGCUGCUGGACAGUACUGUCCUUCUGUGGGAAUGUCAGAGCCUGCAGGACCGUGCCAUGCUGGUUAUUGGUGCAGAGAGGGAGCAUCCUCUCCCAGCCCGCUGGAUGGACUCUCAGGUUCCCGGUGUCCACCUGGUCAUUACUGCCCCUCAGGCACCACAGCUCCUGUGGCCUGCCCUGAAGGAAGCUGGUCAAACAGCUCAGGCCUGCAUAUCCAGGAGGACUGCACACCCUGUCUGGGGGGAUUUUACUGCGACUCUGUCGGCCUCACUAAACCUAGUGGACCCUGCAGUGGGGGAUAUUACUGUAUAAAGGGAGCCGUCACAUCUACCCCCACUGAUGGAAUUACAGGGGGACCUUGUCCUGAGGGUUACUACUGCCCAGAGGGAACUGUUCAACCUGUGCCCUGUGAUCCAGGGACAUAUGUUGCUGUUACACAUGCUACUCAGUGUGAGCCCUGUGUGCCAGGCUGGUACUGUGUGUCUGGCUCUCUUUACUUGUGUCCUUCAGGCUUUUACUGCCCUGAAGGUACUGGAUUUGACUUGAGAGGCUGUCCAGAGGGAACGUACGGUCCUGACCCCGGCUACUGGUCUGUCUCUCAGUGCAGGCAGUGUGACGGCGGCCAUUACUGCUCUUCCAGAAAUCGCACAGCUGUCACUGGACCAUGUCAGGAAGGAUAUUACUGCUCACAUGGAAACACCUCUCCACAACCUCUCUCACAGGCUGCAGAAGAGGGAGGGCCAUGUCCUGCAGGUCAUUACUGCCCCCAGGCCACCAUACAUCCUCUGCCCUGUCCACGUGGAACAUUCUCUAAUCUCACCAAAUUAGUCUCCCAGGAUGAUUGCCAGCCAUGUCUCCCCGGUUACUAUUGUGAUGCUGCAGGGCUCUCAGCGCCGUCAGGGGAAUGCUGGGAAGGUUUCUUCUGUCUGGGGGGUGCAGAUCGCCCUGACCCUCCUUUAAGAGACAGUCGGGGAGGACCGUGCCCGAAAGGUUAUUACUGUUCUGAGGGCUCUGUGGCUCCUCAGCAGUGCCCCGUGGGAACCAUCAGUGUAGAAGACGGCAGAGCCAGCUGCAGUGCCUGUCCCCAGGGUUUUUAUUGUCCUGGCAGACAUAAUGGCUCUCUGUCGAGGACUUAUGAGUGUCCAGUGGGUCAUUACUGCCCGUCCGGGACCUGGUCCAAACACCAGUACCCGUGUCCAGCUGGAUCCAUCAACCCCUACACUCGGAUGGCACAACCCCAGAACUGCUUGCCGUGCCCUCCAGGCUCCUUCUGUUCGUCUCCUGGGAAGGGUGUUGCAUCAGGCCAGUGUGCUGCAGGGUACUACUGCGUCUCUGGAGCCUGGUCACCCACACCGGAGGAUAGAGGGACGACAGGUGACAGAUGUCCUGAAGGUCAUUACUGUCCCCAGGGCUCGUCAGCACCACUGCCUUGUCCCAUAGGACAUUACAGCAACAAAACCAGAAACAGUUAUCUCUCCGACUGCCUGCCUUGUCCUCCAGGUUUCCUGUGUGUCACCAGAGGGCUCUCUUUCCCUUCUCAUAUCUGUCCAGCUGGCUCUUACUGUCCAGGCAGGGAAAACGGCAGCCAGUUGGCAGCUAUACUCUGCUCACCUGGAAACAUGUGCCCACCUAGAUCUGAUAGACAGAUACCCUGCUUGCCAGGGACCUAUCAGGGUUUACCUGGACAGGCAGAGUGUGUUCAAUGUCCAGUAGGAUUUUACUGUGCAGGCUCAGUGGAUGCUGACACUGGGCAUGUGUCUGGUACUCACACCCCCACGCUGUGUCCUAAAGGACACUAUUGCCCACCAGGUAGGAUACAAUAG